AUGCGGCUCAGGACGUCAGUCAUUGUAUUUCGAAGAUGUGUGUAGACGUGGACGCCGAGUUGUCGAGUCACACACCUGGCUUUCCGGCGCUUAAUGUUUCCGUCUAUGUAACUUACGUUCAUAGUUUCCGUUGCAGGCUUCGAUUUGGGAGGCACCCCGAGUACCUCGACACAUGUGCUCUUCGAAAGCCCGAGACAGUUUACUGUUAUCUCCGUGGCACGAGUCCAGAUUGGGCGUAACCCGUCUAUGUCGAUUUAGAAGCUCUCCGAAUGGGUCCGUUAGCUACAAGUCAGAAAACUGAAUAUAUCUCUAUCCUGUUUUAUGAAGACGAUGAACUAGCAGACGUAGCGUAGACUUUCACCAUCCCCGACCGAGAGGACUUAAUAAGUGUCUUACAGAGGUACGCCGAGACGAUGAGAUACGCCACAAGCGAUAAGUAUAUAGACGCAUUCUAACGAUUUAUUACGGGACUCGUUACGUAGAGGCUCCUUCUAAACUAAGGUGACAAGAUUCUAGAGAAUACUAAGUGCAACAAAAACAUCGAAAUCACUCUCGAGCAUCCAACAGGAAAACCUAAGACCAUUGAGUUCAUCAAGAGACUGCCUGGAAAGGCAAGAGACGAAGAGAUCGAACUGUGGAUCCGGCGAGGUCAAUCUCCCGUGGACUUGGCG